AGCUUACGGCGUCGUUGUGGUAUCAUUGCCUUGCCCCCAUGACAAAGUGUUACUGCCGCAGCAAAAGUGUGCAGAGAGAGAGGUAUAGGAAGAGAUGAGCGUGGCAUCGACAGCAGCGUACGCGGCUCGGAGAGCAGCGCAGAAGGAGAGAGUCCGGAUUCUGUACAGGCGAGCCCUCAAGGACACUCUCAACUGGGCCGUCCAUCGCCACCUCUUCUACGAAGAUGCAUCGAACCUCCGCGAGCGUUUCGACGCCAACAAACACGUGGAAGACCUUAACACAAUUGAUAGAUUGAUAGCUGAUGGUGAAGCAAACUACAAUAAGUGGCGUCACCCUGAUCCUUAUAUUGUUCCUUGGGCUCCUGGUGGUUCAAAGUUCACUCGAAACCCAACUCCAUCAUCGGGGAUUGAGAUAGUAUACAACUAUGGUCGGGAAGAUAAUGACUAAAACCUGCUUUCUUUCUGUGGUAAUAAAUAAAGAUUGAGACGAUCAACGACUCUGAUGGUGAUUACCAAGGCUGUUGUCUUUGAGGUGUUUCUUAUGCCAUGCCAAAUGGUGGCUUUGAACUUUUUAAUGGUUUGAGAAGAUGUUCACUUGCUCAUUGAUGUGUAUUUGGUUUUUCUUUGAAAUGGAUCACUGAAAAAACCGAAGUGUCUGCUUUAACUGCUACAUAAUUGCAACUUUAGCUUAACUUUUUUCAAUGAAUAACUUUAUUCCCCAUCC